CAGAGAGACAGAGAGAGAGACAAAGAGAGAGACAGAGAGAGAUACCCGUCGGAGGCCGUCGGACUGCGAGAAGGGUUGCGUGCAGAACGAGAGAGAGCGAGAGAGUGAGCGAGAGGUGGGGAGUUACAUAAAGCAAAGUUAUAAAAAAAAAAUUACGAAAUGAUGAACGAAGCAAAGUGCCGACUACACCGAGCAUCUUCUUGUUUCCACUGAUCGUAAAAAAAAAAGAGACAGAGAGAGAGACAGAGAGAGAGAGACAGAGAGAGGGACACAGAGAGACAGAGAGACACAGAGAGACACAAAGAGAGAGAGACACAGAGAGAGAGACAGAGAGAGACAGAGGGCGGCGGGGGAUUUCUCGGUCCAUGCGGCAGACGGAGCAGGGGAAGCUUCCUCGCCUCGUGAAGGCAUCCAAUCUCAGAAAAAAACAACAUGAAGGCCGCGUUUCUGCCCAAGUCUGCCGAGUCGUCGCUCACUGCCGAGAUGCUGCUCGUGGCCUCGGCACUCUGCCUCCUGCUCGUCUACGUGACCGUGAGGAGGUGGAGCUCCAACCGACCGUCGCCGAAAGGGAAACCCAUCCCUGGGCCAACCCCGUGGCCCAUCGUCGGCAACAUGCCGCAGGUCGGCCUCAACCCGCACGAGACGCUCACGCAGAUGAGGGAUCGCUACGGCGACGUCUUCCUCAUCCGCCUGGGCUCCGUCCCCGUGGUGGUGAUCUCCGGCCUGGACACCACGAAGCGGGCGCUGGUCAAGCACGGCGACGCGUUCGCGGGGCGGCCGGCGUUCUACACGCUGGGGCUCAUCGGCGGAGGCAACACGCUCUCCUUCUCCCCCCAGUACGACGACGUCUGGAAGGCGCGCAAGAAGCUGGCGCGCAACGCGCUGCGUAAAUUCUGCGCGGCGCCCUCGGGGGCUCCGCCGUUCCCGUGCCUCCUGGAGCGUCACGUGUGCGAGGAGGCGGCCGAGCUGGUGCAGGUGUGUCGCGGCGGGGACCCGGCCGGCUUCGACCCCGUGCCCUCCGUCACGUGCGCCGUCGCGAACGUGAUGUGCGCGCUCGUGUUCGGCAAGCGCUACCGGCACGGACCCCACCUCUUGCGCGUCGUGGAGUUCAACAGGGACAUCUCGCAGCUGACGGGCGCGGGGAGCCUGCUCGACUUCUUCCCCGUCCUGCGCUACCUCCCCAACCCGUCCUUGAAGGCGUUUAAAGCCAUCACCGGCAGGCUGCAGGCUUUCAUGGAGGGAAACAUCAAGGAGCAUUACGGCACCUACCAGAAGGAUCACGUGCGGGACAUCACGGACUCGUUCAUCAGCCUGUGUGCGGAGCGCAACGACGACAAGAUCAUGGCUGGGUUAAGUGACGAGCAGGUGGUCGCCACGGUCAUGGAUAUUUUUGCCGCAGGUUUUGACACGAUCAUUGCUGGCAUCAUGUGGUCCCUCAUUUACCUGUGCAUCUACCCCGACAUUCAGAAGAAGCUACAGAAGGAGAUCGAUGAGAAGAUCGGCGGGAACCGAGCACCUGUCUCGAGCGACCGCAGCAGCUUGCGUCAGCUGGAGGCCUUCAUCACGGAAAUGUUCCGCCACUCCUCCUACUUGCCAUUCACCAUACCGCACUGCACGACGCAAGACGUGGUGCUGGACGGCUUCUUCAUUCCGCGGGACACGUGCGUGUUCAUCAACCAGUACCAGAUCAACCACGACCCGACUAUUUGGACAAAUCCCGAGAGCUUCGAUCCGAGCCGUUUCUUGUCGAGCGAAAGCGGCGAAGUGAACAAGGAGCUGACGGAGAAAGUGCAGAUCUUCGGUCUUGGCAAGCGCCGGUGUCUCGGAGAUACGGUGGCUCAGCAAGAGCUCUUCAUCUUCCUCUCGACGCUGCUACAGAACCUCUCCACUACAUCUCCACCGGGGCUGCCAAAGCCGGACCCCACCCCGAUCUACUCCCUUGUGCUGAAGCCCGCUCGCUACAAAGUGUGCAUCACCCCGAGGGUCUGAGACACCUCUCCGGAGUUUACCGUCGGAAACGGCGAGCAGAACAGGCUGUGAAUGCACAUUCUUCUAUAUAAAAGAAACAUAUAUUUCCUUCCUCAAUGUUAAGAUCAUUUCCAUUCAUGACCAAGAAAUUUUGAAGCUAUGUUAAUCUGGGACAUGACUGCAGAACCGCUUACACAGUUAUAGGUAAUCGUGCAAGCUAAGACUUGUCAUCACUUCGGUUUAAUAAAGGAGUUAAGACGAUAAGCCACAUAAAGUUAAGAGAGAACUGGGGGUGGUCAGGAUCAUUCACACGUCGAUUGUCAAAGUGAAAUAAAUUUUACUUAAAAUAAUACGGCAUAAUUAAUUACAUGAACAAUUUCAUGUUAAUAACAUUAAUGAAUAUAAUACACAUUCAAAAUAUAUACCUACCUCAGCAACAGACUGGUUAAAGUGCACGGAGUGAUUAUGUCACGGCGGUCAUGUUGCAUGGAGAUGUUUUCCGGGCAGCUGAUUGGCCGGCGCAGUAGAAGUGAUUACAUAAUCCCUAGCAACUCCUGCCACGCCUCUAAAUUGCCAAUCGUGCUAAGGCUCGCAUAUUUCCUUCGAAUUUGUUUGUGUUUUGCCGUACAACAUUUUGCAUCAUUCUACAAUUUCUGCCUGCCCGAUUUUAUCAGCAAAUUUCUGUACUCAUGCCCCUGGUGUAGAACCCCACCGUUAUUGAUGGCAUCUGGAACAUGUUCCAGUGUGCAUAUUGCUGAAGAAUCUGGUCACCAACUAUUGUGCUUUAGUUUGUGUCCCCGAGCAAAAAAGAGCAUAUGGUCAUAUAGUUCAUCCCCGUGCAAGUCAGAGCAGGUAUUAAUGUUCAUUGGUUAGCCAUGACAGAACAACAAUCAUUCAAGCACAUCGUCGAUCAGAAUAGAUUCUUAUGUAAACAGCACAUGCAUCAAAUCGUGCAUUCAGAAAAUAUGAUUUACGGUGAAUGAAAAUGAUAUACAAAGGCCGAUGGGAUGAUUGAGGCAGUACAGGCAAGUCGGGUAAGACAGACAAGACAAAUUAAUCGAUUAUUCGAUCAAAUGAGACAAAUCUCCACGUCCGUGGGGAGUCGCAUAAUCGCGAUGGGGUGAAUCGUCAGCAAGGCCUCGUCAAUGUGCGGUAGCGGGGUAACCGUUCUUGCAGCAUCCGUGGUGAGCAGCGGUGGGCCGCUUCCACUUCACCGAUUGUAAUAUUACUGGUAGGAACCACCUGGUUCCACCAGCCCACAGGGGAUUGUUGUGUCCGUCCGUCCGUCUUGCAUCCAA